CAGCUCGGGAGGCGGAAGUGAGGUUAGAGCAGCAAUCUGCUGCUCCGUCCGUCCAUGUUAUUAUUGUUAUUUUGGCAGUGUGAUGGUUCACAGCGGAGCGCACGGACGGCGGCCAGCCCGGGAUUUCUCCGGUUACCAACACGGUCGUGAACGGCUAGCAGGCCACGCGUUUCACCUGCGUUUCAGUCCCGUGGUAGUUUGAUCGCCGACGUUGACAAAACGCGCAUACGUUGCUGUGCGCAGCGCUCGCCUCGGACUGUCUUAUUAUUGACACCGCAACAGACAUGAACGGCAUCACCAAGAGCAGAUUUGAGGUGUUCUCAAACAGUGAUGAGGCUCUUAUCAACAAAAAACUUCCAAAAGAGCUUCUGCUCAGGAUUUUUUCCUACCUGGAUGUAGUUACUUUGUGUAGGUGUGCUCAAGUAUCCAAGGCAUGGAAUGUUCUUGCUUUAGAUGGGAGCAACUGGCAGAAGAUUGAUCUGUUCAAUUUUCAGACAGAUAUUGAGGGCCGUGUGGUGGAAAACAUCUCAAAGCGAUGUGGAGGUUUUUUAAGGCAGCUGAGUCUAAGGGGCUGCCUCAGUGUAGGAGAUGCCUCCAUGAAGACUUUUGCUCAGAACUGUCGCAACAUUGAACAGCUGAACCUCAACGGCUGCACCAAGAUCACGGAUUCCACAUGCAUCAGCCUUAGCAAGUUCUGCUCUAAACUCCGCCACCUUGACCUGACCUCCUGCGUGUCCAUCACCAAUCAUGCACUUAAGGCCUUAAGUGAGGGCUGCCGCAUGUUGGAGAAUCUGAACCUUUCUUGGUGUGAUCAGAUCACGAGCGAUGGCAUCGAGGCUCUUAGUCGUGGCUGCACAGGUGUCAGAGCUCUGUUUCUGAGAGGCUGCACACAGCUUGAUGAUGCAGCACUUAAGCACCUUCAAAAGCACUGUCCCGAACUCAUGACAAUCAACAUGCAAUCGUGCACACAAAUCACAGACGAUGGCUUUGUGAGUUUGUGCCGGGGCUGUCACAAACUGCAGAUGGUGUGUGUGUCUGGCUGCAGCAAUAUCACAGACGCCUCUCUCACCGCCCUCGGCCUCAACUGCCAACAGCUAAAGAUCCUGGAGGCUGCUCGCUGCUCACAUGUGACUGAUGCUGGUUUCACAGUUCUUGCCAGAAAUUGUCAUGAUUUGGAGAAGAUGGAUUUAGAGGAAUGUAUUUUGGUGACUGAUAACACUCUGGUUCAACUCUCAAUCCACUGCCCUCGGCUGCAGGCGCUGAGCCUGUCUCACUGCGAGUUGAUAACAGAUGAUGGAAUCAGACACCUGAGCAGCAGUGUGUGUGGUCAGGACCGUCUGCAGGUCGUAGAGUUGGAUAACUGCCCUCUGAUCACAGAUAUCACACUGGAGCACCUCAAGAGUUGCCAACGUCUAGAACGCAUAGAGCUGUAUGACUGCCAGCAGGUCACUCGCGCGGGCAUCAAACGCAUCCGGGCUCACCUUCCUGAGAUCAAAGUUCACGCCUACUUUGCUCCGGUCACACCCCCUCCUUCAGUGCACGGGGGUGGCCAGCGUCUGUGCCGAUGCUGUGUCAUACUCUGACAGAAGGCGGGGUCUCUGAGCGAUGCCGCGGAAAGUCAAGCUGUCAGUCAACCUCUAAACUCCACCCAGCCCCUGCUCCACACUACUGUGAGACUCUGGGUUGUGGCUAAAGGAGACGUCGCUUGAUCACUGAGCGGUUGCCUGGCAGCAGGAUGUAUCUGAACAAGUUACGCAAAAUAAAUACAAUGCAACGUGACUUAUAAAUGCUACGUACAUACGAUACAACCUACUGGACAUACAAGAAGAAAAUCAAGGAGCUACCCUGUAAAAUAUUUCAUAUUUGGAUAUAUAGAAAAGAAAUAUGAGGAAGUACUUAAAGCAUGAUGGAACUACUGAAUAAAGAAUGAAUCCGCAAAGAACUUCGAGGCACAUCCAAUGUCGUAUGACAACUAAACAGUGUUUACGUCUUGCUCCUCCUCCUCAACCAAUAGGAAUACAUUCUCUCACAACGAGAACCAAUAGAAAAACAAGUUUCCUUUGAGGAGAUACACUUCCUGAUGAAUGAUCAUGUGACUUUCUCAAACCCGGGAGCAGAACGUUUGAGCGUUUUUGUCUGAUUUGUGUGUGUGUGUGUGUGUGAGAAUGUUUAAAUAUAGAAAAUGAAAUAUAACACUACAACAAAUGAACCCAUAUUAAACCUGGAGUAAAAUGGCUUUUGUUUUUUUUUGUUAGUGCUCGCCUUCAUUUUGAGAUGGAAAAAUAGUUGCAUUUAAUAUGUGAGCGAAUGAGGGGAAGAGAGAAGGACUAAGACUGUGCAUACGGGAUAAAGUCGAUUUUGCUCCAGGGUGGAAGGAAAGUAAUGUCAGGAUUGAUGUGAAUGUUCAAUUUCAAAUGAUAUACAUGUACAAAGGGUGGGAUACAUCAAGAAUAGAUUCACAUUUUAACAUUUUGAAUGUUUCAGUGCAAUAUUAAAAGGCCAGACAUAUGUAACUGUGAUAUGUGACAAAAUUUUGAACACACCUUAUUUUUGGCAAUAGUCUUUGAAUAUUCUCUUAGCAAUGUCCCUGUUUCUACAGCUAAACCCUGUGUUCUUAUUCAUAUUCACUGCCAACCACGUCAUUGAGCUUAUAGAUCAGAUCUCGACAUCACUCAAAAAUCAACUGUUGUAACUCAUAGAGACAAAAAUAUUGAUGCUUUCUAAUGCAAUCGUGACUGUCAGGUGCAUAAUACAAGUAUUCAACCAGAGGUUUAAUGCCAACAUUGCAUAUUUCUUUAAAUACGUGUCAAGUCUUGCUAUUACAUCUACUGAGUGGAUCAUCUAAUUAAUGGAUGUUUUUAUUGGUGCGAGUGCCUUUGAUUUUGCAAUUUGGGGAAGGGUGGAAUUACAGCCACAGAAAAGCUUGACUCAGGGCAGCGGCGUAGUCACUUUUUUCUUGUAUUCCCUCUUAAGUUUGUUUAAACCAUUGGAUAGGAACGUGACUUCAUCACUUGCAGUCAAUGCAUACAGUACAUGAGUGAUUCCAGUAUUCUCAAUCAUGCACCUUUGGAAGCAAUGCUCAAAAUGGUAAGUGACUUAAAGUGAAGUUUGUUUAGAAUUGUUCUGUAAUAUUGAAUCGGUUCCCUUCUUUCUCUCCCAUAUUUUUUGACAAAGAUGAAAAAAAAUAUGUCCUUGUGUUCUGGUUGUUAAUGUGACAUUUCUUUAAAUAAAACGUCUGCGCAGUGUCACA